AAUAAUAAUUUUAUUUUUAUCCCACACUAGCUGAUCUGGCGAACUUCCUACCGCCAUAUGCUCGUUUUUUCUUAUAAAUUAUAUCUUUUUAUAAAUUUUCUUUUAUAUAAACCUUGUCCUGACAAUAUGGAACACAUUAAAAAAUUAUCAUUCAAUUUGGUGCAGUCGUUUGGAAGUUACGCAUACAUUUUGGUGAUUCAGUUAUAAUAAUAAUAGAAAGUUUGUAUUACAGACAUUGGAUUGUAACACAACAAACUUAGAGCAUGGUCUUUUGAGCAAUUGUUAUCAGAUAUUUUUUAGAAUCUUGAAUGGGUGUAACUAAAAAUGCAUAAAACAAUAAUUACAAUUAUUUCAGCAGUGCUAAAUUUGUGAUAUUGUGCUUAUUGUUAAAAUUUUAGUAGUAAUAUUGUUAAAAGUUUUAUGUUAGAGCCAUGGAAACUGUUGUAUUAGAUGAUGAACCUUUAACUAGAAGUCAAGGCGAGAAUGCUAUUAUUGAUUUAGAUGAAGAACCAAGUGAUGAUGUCAUUGAGAUAGUUGAAAUACCUGAUGAUGGCUAUGAAACAAGUUUUCCUGAUAUAUCCAAAAAAGAUGCAGCUUUUGGAGAGCUAAUAGAAAAAUGCAUAGCCUUAGAUGGCUCUGUGGGAAUGUUAAGAGUUAUCAACCGGACACUCGUGCCUCUGUAUAAAGAUGGUGAACGUAAAUUCAAAUCUUAUUAUGAUGCACAAGUAUUCAACAAAGCACUCAUAAGAACCUUAGAGAAUCUUGAGAAUGAUCCAAAACACAGAUAUUCACAUAUUAAACAUAUCUGUGACAUUCUUAAAAAAUUACGAUCUAAGAGAAAAGUACCAUUAGUCACAAUAUCAAAGGAUAUCAGAGAUACUUCGAGAAAAAGAAAAUACAGUGAAAAAAAACAUUCCAAACCAAAAAUAGUAGGUAAUGUUAUACAUUUGGACGAUGAUGAGUGUGAGGUCAAUAUCAUUGACAAUGAAGUCCCUUAUGCUGUUACUGAUAAUAAUGGUGAAGAAGAAAAUACUAUUGUAGAUACUGACGUCACACAUUUGGAUGACUACGAUGAUGAGUGUGAGGUCCCCAUUGUUAACGGUGAAAUUCCUUGUUCCAACGCUAAUAAUAACAGUGAAAAAGAAAGCACUUUUGCAGAUAGUAUCGUCACUGAAGAUAAAACAAAUAGUACUUCAGGAAAACAUUUUAUUGAAAUAGAUUUUUCAAAUGUAAUUUUUGAUUCAGAUAUGUUUAAUGAUCAUUUGCCGUAUGUACAUGACUCUGUUGAACCUGUAAGCAGUAGCACUCCAAAUGUGUCUGAGAAUACUAUUAAUGAAACUAGAACACUCACUUUGGACUAUCAUGAGGGAGAAAUCAGUGCCAAUGAUGUCACCAGUAGCACAAAUAAUAUGCCCGAUAAAGAAGCUAGUCCAAUAAUUGUGCAAGAAAAUGACAUGCACAAACAAGAGUUGAGUGUUGAAGAAAAAAUAAUGGACAUUGAAAAAAGAAUUGCAAAAUUAAAACAACAGAUAGAUCAUUAUAGUACACAAGAGGUGACUGAUGACUGUGAUUGUUCUCCGUAUAUUCAAUGUGAUCGUUAUCAGACACAGUUAGUGAAGCUGUAUGAAGAGUUAUGCAACCUCACGGGAUGUCCAACUGUGAAACGUCGAAGAGUACGGCUACGUGCGAUCGAUUCAAGACCAGAGCUGCCAAUGAAAAAGAUUGAACAACUGAUAAACAAUAAUAUUGGACCAAAUGGCCUGCCACAUUUCCCUGAUUAUGAGGAAGUAGAGCAGUGUGUUAAGGAAGCUAAUUAUGAAGCCCAAUUAGGUUGGGACAGUAAACGUAUUGAGUUUGAAGCUCGAGGGCUGUACGUUCACUGCGGCCGCGUGCUGCAGCGUACUCGUCAGAAGCGGGAGUGGCGAGACUUGAUGAGCCUCGUGAAAGAUGAAUCCCUUGAAGAUCCAGCCGACAAGGACCCCGAGCUUCAGGCACGGCUCACCAUGAAUAAGCUCAUUGCCAAUGUUAAGGAACACGACGUAUUAGAACGGUAUAACACUAUGGAAAUGAAUGCGGUUAGAUCUCCAAAAAGUCAUGUACAAUGGCCAGCUGACGAAAUGGCAUUGCAAUAUUAUUAUGAAACGAAUAUCAACGAUACUAAUAAUAUUACCGAAAAAGAAGACUCGACAAAUGAAAAUGUAGAUAAUAGUCAAAUUAAAAUAAUUGAUGUUUACUCCUGUAAGAGGGUUGUUAGUACAGAAAUGUUGACUGCAACUGAAAACAAUAUUCACAGAGUUGAAUCUGUUCAAUGUGAUUCAACUAAACAACAGGUUGAACAACACAACUCAAUUUCUACUCCUAUGAGUUCUGAUGUUAAUGACAACUUUAAAGACUGUUAUUCAAAUGAGUACCAUGACAGUUCUGCAAUGGAUAUUGAAAAUAACAAUUUAGAUGGACAUAAUGAAAACUUAAGUCAACUGAGUGGCGUGAAAUCUAAUCACAUAGAACUUAUCAGUAUAGAAAAUAUCGAUGAUAAUGAAACACAGAAUAAUACUGAAAAUGUCUCCAAUCUAAAUGGAAAUAUUCUACAAAAUGUUUCCAAUAAAGAAAACUAUGUACAGACAGAUCCUUCUCUGUGUCAAAAAAUUAAAAUUGAAGAGAAUGAUGACAGUCAAACAGACAAUCAAUAUUUAGAGUCUAGGAACAUCAAUGAAAAAAGUCACAAUGAAUUUCAAACAAAUGUUUAUAGUAUAAAAGAAAACGACAAAGGGACUAAUUUGAAUGGAGAAAGUGAGAAAAACCGUACAGUAAUAGAUACAUUACAUUUUAGAAUAAAAUUUGAGCAAAAUGAAAAUAGUCUACCAACAAAUAAUCAACAUUCAGAAACUUGGAAGGACGCUAGCAUGAAUAAUCGCGUCGCUGAGAAUACAAAAGAUAAUAUUGACUAUAAUAAUAAAGAAAAUACCAAACAAAACCAUAAUUUAGAAAAUAUUAGGGAAUCUCCAUUAUUACAACUUCCGAUUAAAGUAGAAGGAAAUAGUAAUCUAAUAAAUGAUAACGAAUCGGUAAAAUAUCAGAACAAUUUCAAUCCUGAAAACUUUGAAACGAAUCAUAAUAUUUCUACAAAUAAAACAGCUAAUAUGACUCUUAUUAAAUCUGAAUCAGAAGCAAUAAGAGAAUUAGAAGAUUUAGGAGACAACUUUACAAUGACCAUUUUAGAUAUAAUCGAUCCUUCUCUGAUAAUUGAGAUAUCAGAUAGUUCUGAUGAUGAAGAUGAUACCUUAGAUUAAAUGUCUGUAAAAAUGGAUAGUUUACAAAUGACAAUUAUUUUGGUUUUGUAUUAUUGUUGUACACAUUUCUAUAGCAUAUCACCAAAGAUAUAAUUUGAUUAAUUUAAAAACAUCACUUUGUGACGUACAAUACAUAUAGACUGACUACUGUGGUUUAUUUUGAAAAAAAAAAUGGUGUUUGAAAAAAAAAAGUAUUAAAUAUAUAAGAAUGUCUUAGAAGUAAUUACUAUUUUGAAUACAAAAUCUUCCAAUGUGAUGUAGAUAUAUAGAAAAGUAAUAGUUUACUUUCAAUACAAUUAAUAUGUAAAUAAUGUAAAAGUGAAAACUUGGACAUGAGCUAAUGAAAUGAGUAUCAGUGCCUUAUAAUAAUUGUAGUUUAUAACGUAAGCGAUGUGAUUAAAUUGAAUGGAAGAAACUCUCACUUGUAU